CAGAAACCUCAUUUCUUCCAAUUUCACCUUCACCCUUCACCUUCACCUUCCCCUCCCAUGGAUGCAUGAUGGAUCCAUCCUCCCCUUCAUAACUUCCUAACCAAAAACCUUCCUCCUAAUGCCUUUCUUCUUCGAAAAUAUUAAUUUAAGUUGUUCAUUAAACUCUUUCCCUUGAUCGAUUAAUUUGAUCAAUCUCUUGCAAACACCAAAUUCUUCGUCCCUCCAUUUCUCCUCUCUUUUCUCUUUCUGCCAUGGCAGAUCAUACAACAACACGUUCACACACAACAACAGAUUUAUACAGAAUUCUUGGAAUCCCAGUCAAAGAUCUCUGCAAAGGAUUCAUGAAAUGGAAUCCUUCUGUGAAGAGCCCUAAGAGCUUAACAUCCGUCGAAGAACCUAACAAGUCCAAUGGUAGAAACGAGACGUACAUAAUCAACUCUCCGACCACGCCAUUAGGCUCGAACCACAAUCAGAGCGUAGACGAUAGUUUCUUCGCAAACAUAUCGAGGACAAUUUCCAGAAGCAGUAGCCGGAGAAGCAAGACGCCGACGCCAAGUCCGCGGUCAUUGUCGAGAAAUACGAGCCGUCGGAGCACGACGCCAAGUCCACGGUCGUUGUCGAGAAAUGCGAGCCGUAGGAGCACGACGCCGACCUCAUUAUCGAGAGAAGAAAAACGAAGGAGCAAUUCAGAUUUGGAAUUUCUAAGGGAACCGAUAUCGAGGAAUUUCAGUAGAAGAACAGACGUAUCGGAAUCAAACGAAGGAGGAAUUUUUUCAGAAGCUAACUCGACGGCGAAUAAUAAUAUUGGAUCGCUUUCGAGAAAUACGAGCAGAAGAAGCCCUAAAAGUACUCCGAUCAUAUACUCGCAAUCGACGGCGUUGAAGAAACCGCCUCCGAUAGAGAAGAAAUUGGAAUGCACAUUGGAAGAAUUGUGCGAAGGAUGCGUUAAGAAGAUUAUGAUCACAAGAGACGCCAUUGUUAAUGGGAUAAUUGUACAAGAAGAGGAGUUGUUGAAAAUAGAAGUAAAGCCAGGAUGGAAAAAAGGAACAAAGAUCACAUUUGAAGGAAAAGGAGACGAGAAACCAGGUUACCUCCCAGCCGACAUAACGUUUUCGAUCGAUGAAAGAAGGCAUCCGUUGUUCAGUCGAGAUGGUGACGACUUAGACUUAGGAGUUGAGAUUCCUUUAGUUAAUGCACUAACCGGUUGUUCAAUCACAAUACCUUUGUUGGGAGGUGAAAAAAUGAGUCUCUCAUUUGAUAACAUCAUAUAUCCAGGCUUUCAAAAAGCUAUCAAAGGCCAAGGAAUGCCUAACCCAAAGCAACAAGGAAUUAGAGGUGACCUUCGCAUUCAAUUCCUCGUCAAAUUUCCCUCUCAAUUGACUCAACAACAAAGAGAUGAAGCUGCUACCAUUUUGCAAGAUUGUUGUUCUUGAUAUUUCCCUUCAAACUGAUACCGAUUUCAUCUCCAUGUUUUUGGAAUAAGAGGGUUCAAGGAGAAUAUUGGUAAGAUCAUUCUAUGAUCUCUCAAGAAAUUCAUUUCUUGAUUUAUAAUGACACAAGAAAAAGCAGAUUGGUGAUCAAUGAAAAAAAGGAAAGCAUUCACUUCAAAGGCUGUACUGCCAUUGAAGUUCUUGUGAUUGGAACUCUUGUAUUGGUUGGUUGGGCAAAGAAUAGAAUGUUUUUGGAGUGAUUUUAAUUUUUAUCCGUUUUUAAAACUCACUGAAAAGAUGUUUUCAAUCGUUAAAAAUCAAUUUUGAAAGUUUGGAAAACCGUGUUCUCAAAAAUAAACAUUGAAAUGAUUUUUGAAUGAUUAUGGGUAUGGUUAAGUGUGAUUCUAAACUUGGUAAAAAAACUUUUAACUAUCUCAAAAUUACUCCAAAAUAUGGACUGAAAAAAUAAAAAUUGAUUGCAAGAAUAUCCAAAGGAGGUUAGGCGUUGCAAAUGCAAAGAAGUGUCUUUGUUUCCAAGAGGACUGCAUAAUGGUGGAACUUUUUACUUUGAGAAAUAUAGUCACGAAUUCAUGUACCUUUGGAUCCACAAAUACAAGUGGAGGAAUCAAGAAUUUACUUUAUUACUCGAUAUUAUAUUAUUCA